AUCCCAUCCGCCCGCCGCCGGCGACCCAAAGGAACAAACAAACAGCGCGAAGUCAGCGCAGAGCUUAAAAACAAAUCUCGGAGCACCAAAUUUUAACCGUUUAAUUCUUGUUUUCAACGAUUUAAUCGUUUCUGCUUUUACAACUGAUAUAACAAAUCAGCUAGGUAAUCAUGGACUUGCAUCGGCCGGCGGAUGGCCGUUUCUUCCUGGAAUCCCUGAUUCAGCGCGGAAUGGCCAUUCUAAGCACGAUGCUUCAAAUGCUAAAUCAAUCGCAAGUAUCAUUGAAGCAACAAAUCAACAUGAUCAACUCGGUUUACCGUUUUGUGGAAACGUGGGAAAAUGUUCUACCGGCGAUAUCCUCUCUAGAGGUGGAACGAAAUUUGAUUGAUCUUACCGUAGACAGCAAUGCCGCAGUUAUAGAACCCAAACAGAACAACUUGGCACAGGAGGCCGAUUAUCAAUCUACGACGUCGAAAAUCGUAGAAGCAAAGAUGCCUGAAUUUGAGUUCCCGGUGGUAGCUUAUGAUCGAUAUCAACCUGGCCAGAUUGGAAUAUGUGAUAUUACAUAUAUCUGCAAGACAGAAGCUGAGUUUUACAUGAUUGACCAGAGCGCGACCGGUAUCAAUUUCGCCGAGAUUUUACAAACACUUCAAAACGUAGACACGGUAUUGGAGGACUUGCCCGAAUCGUCUACUCAUGUUUUUGGAGUACGUGUUGAGGGAGCAAUCUUUCGUGCCAUUCGAAGCAAGCAGAGCGAUCAACCCUUUGUCAAGCUUCUGGAUACAGGAGAAAUUUUGGUUUUCGACGAUUCGCGUAUGAGUUUAUUGGAGUUGCCACCUUUCUAUGCGAAGCUUUCACCUUUUGCCGUCAAAUGUUCACUGGCCAAUGUCGAAGGCUGCGCUACGAUCAACGACUACCGCAAGUAUUUGGAUGAGAACCUGUAUAAUCGACUAGGUUACAAGGUCUUGAAUGUCAAUGAAUCAUGGCUCGAAGUUUCACUGAUGUCGUUGGCCUGUGUGGAAAAACCACGUCUAAUAAAGGAGGAAAAGCUAGAGCAAGAGCACUACAAGGUUUCUCUUGAUACUCUAACGCAGGCUCAGUUGGAUGAGCUGUAUGAAGAACCGCUCAAUACGACAAACGUGAUGAAAGCAGUACUGGGAUAUGUACCGAAAGACGACAAGCGGAUCUGUCCCUUUUACGAUCCAGCAAUUCAGGGAUGCUUCAAGGGAUCCCGCUGUAGGUUGGAGCAUGUGGCAAAGCUAUCCGACGGUUGGACAAGAGACAAAUCACUGUACAAAAUUCCAAUCAGAGCAGAGUUGGAGACACCUGUCGUUGGAACGGAGAUGCUGGUCAUACCUACGUUCAUUGUGAAUGUCGAUGAGUUUUACGCACACAUUCCCCGGCAGGAUUUGAGCAAGGGCUUGAUCGAGCUGCAAGUCAAGAUGAAUGACGAUAAAAUCAUGGAAAACUACAGAGUGCUAAACCACGAGCCACAUUUUCGUGAAUUGGUCUUUGCCAAGUAUUCGGAAGACGAUCUAUGGUACCGGGCACGCGUCGUGGAGUUUUACAACCCCGAGCUAAUUACGGUGUUCUAUGUCGAUUACGGAAACACUGCCGUUGUAAGCCUCAAAGAUUUACGCUGCUGGGACGAUCAGUUUGAUUACCUGCCAUUCCAAGCGGUACACUGCCGGAUCGCAAACGCACAACGCCUCCGUGAUGACCAUACCGAAGCCAUACGGCAGAUGUUCAAGGACAUCAUUAACAAGGUCAUGAAAAUACAAAUAUUGGACAAUUUGUCGCCGUGGGAAGUGUUGUUGUUUGACGACGAAGAUAACGACAUCGGUCAGUUCUUGGUAUUGACGAAGCUGGCUUUGCCUCGGGUGCCACUGGUGAUGGACAAACGUGGAACUAACUUCAUCCCAGGAUAGCACCACACGUAUGUGGAAACGGUUUUCUUUUUUCAAAAGAAUGUUUCCUUCAUUUAUUAUUACCUUAAUGUAAAAAUGCAUAACAGUGGCUCUGCACAGAUGCUGGAUGAGCUAUUUUGAAAAAAAAAAUCAAAUCAAGGUUUUGUUAUUUAUUGAUUUGUGAAAGAUAUAUGCAUCAACAUUGGCUAAGUGGUUUGUUCAAUUAUAUUUCAAGUCGUCUUCUA